UGAAUAGAAAAAUAUUGACGCGAGAUAUUGAAAAAAGUUUCAUUCGUUGACAGUUUUGAAUUGUUGAGAGGGUUGUGAUUCUAUUACUCGCGUGUUCUCUUUCUCUCUCUCUCUCUCUUAUUCUCUCUUUAUGUCUGUCUCUCUUGAGUUACCGGAAGUGAGCUAUCGCGUGGCUAGUAUUCGUGGCUUAAGAGCAAUAAAGGACGUCGGUCUGUCGAGCAACGAGCGAACGAAGAGAGAAAACGGGCCGAGACAGUCGUGCGGAGGCCAAGAACCGCGUCGGAUCGUGAACACCGUCCUCGUGGAAUUGUCAGGAAACACGUGACACCCUACUGAAUCUCGCGACCAAAUUCAAACGAUUCGUGAAAGAGAUUUAGAUCAAUAAAGAGAGAGAGAAAGAGAAAGAGAGAGAGAGAUCUACUUUCGCUGAUCGAAACAUUGCACGUGCGUUCUUAAACGAUAUUCCUACGAAAGAUGUACUUUAUCUUCUUCAUUCUAAUCACUAUUCUAUAUUUGCGUCAACAUUUAUUGUGAACAACGAUUAAUCUUAUUCUAAGCUUACAAAGAGAAAUAUAUAUAGAGAUAGAUAUAGAGAGAGAGAGAAAAUUUCAUUGAAUAUUAUAAUAAUUAAACGCGUGACACAGGAUCGAGAGUAAAGGAUAAUACAAAGUGUACAAGAGAUCUUUGAUGAGAUCGUAAUGGGAAUCAUUUGAAAUUGAGUUUAUCGGCACUGAUCUAUCUCGGAUCUAUCUGAAAUCAAGUGAAAAGUCGUUGUUCCAAAUAUUAAGAGAUUUUCGGCGCAUGAAUCACGGAAUCGACUACCGUGCGAUACUAAAUUUCCUUAGAUCCGUUGGCCCAUUGCCAAGAUCGCGCGAGUUCUUGCUUCGGGCCCCGAAGAAUGGGAACGUGCGAUAUAAUCUCUAAGAAAGAGAAAACCCGAGACUAUUACUAUUGCUCGCGUGAACUUAACUUUUCCCGCGGAAUCACGGAAAAUCUACUUUACUACACUCGAGAACAUAAAAGCUAUAAUGGAAGGAAGAUUUUCAAAAUAGAUAACCAUGGUUCUUAUAUAUCUUACGUGACGAGUGCACGGAGCAUGACGUCAAAUGCAAUUAGGGGUAUUCGAAGGAAAAAGAGUUCGCUGUGCGAAGUAAAGGUGGCCGUUAUCGGAGCGCCAGGGGUUGGAAAAAGUGCGUUGACAGUGAGGUUUUUAACGAGGCGGUAUAUCGGAGAAUACGAUCAUCAAUCUGAAAACAGAUACAAACACGAAGUGCUCGUGGAUGGGGAACCAAUACUUUUCGAAAUUUUGGACUCCUGUCCGAAGAGCGACGACGAAAUGCCGUCGAUGGAAACUUUGCAGUGGGCGGACGGUUUGCUCUUAGUUUAUUCGAUAACUGAUCGAGGUUCUUUCAAUUUCGUGAGAAAAGCAAAAGAAGCAUUAGCUGUAGCCGAUCCAGAAGCUGCCAUGCCACUCGCUAUGGUUGGAAACAAAGCUGAUAUGGUUCAUCUAAGACAGGUCAGCGCGGAAGAGGGGGAAAUUUUGGCUAAAGAUUUUGAAUGUUGGUUCAGCGAAGUUAGCGCAGCAGAACAGGUCGUCCAAGUAGCCGAAUCGUUUCACGAAUUGUGUCGUGAAGUUCUUGCUGCCAGAAGAAGAAACAAACAAUCGUUGCUCGACAGAAUGCUUGGUAGCAAAGCUACGAGAACAUAUUCCAGGGGUAAAAGCGACUCCGCUUUACCCAAGGAUUAAUUAAUUAAUUAUCUUGACUUAAUUAAUAGGAUAGGAUUUUUUAUUGACUGCGCAGAAUUGAGUAAGA